AUGGCCUACUCCGACAGACCAUCUUCAAACGAGAUAUGGCGCUUCGAAGUGGACGGUAACGGCGGCGGAACAUGGUCUCAGGUAAACCCCAUGAGCGUCGUCGCUUUCGGCCGUCUCGUCCGCACUCUAGAUGCUUCUUUCGCCCAGAGCAAGGACGUGGGAUACUACUUUGGCGGUGCUGCUACCCCCCCGAACAUGACUUCUGGAGAGAUAAGAAACACGUCCUCGACAGGGUUCGGCCAAUAUGGAACCCUAGUAAGGGGUUCAGCACAGUUUGUGCCGUUCGGGUCCGGCGGACUGCUGCUCUUCUUAGGCGGAGCUCAGUCGCGAGUCUCAAUGAAGGAUUGGACGCAGAUGGAUUUUAACAAGGUCACCUUGUAUCAUCCCAGCACCGACAAGUGGUAUACUCAACAAACCACAGGCUCCAGACCGACAGGGCGAGGAAAGUUUUGUGUCGUGGGUGCUUCCAGCACCAAUAACACGUACGAGAUAUUUCUCUACGGCGGACUCAGCUCAGUGACAGACUUCAACAAGGUAGAUAGCGUCUCUGGCGAUGUCUACGUACUCAGCUUGCCCGGGUUCGUCUUCUUCAAAGCGGCCGGCUCGUCGAUCCCUCGGGCGGAUCACGCGUGCGUUUCCGUGGCCGAUGGAGGCCGUCAGAUGCUUUCCAUUGGCGGGGUAGACUGGUCCGUAGGGUUUCCUAAGUACCUGACAGACCCAGACCCCUGGGAGUUUGGGCUGGGCAUCUUUGACAUGACGGAGAUGCGUUGGUCAGACCGGUACGAUUCCCAAGCGCUGCCAUGCGGUUCGCCGGUUGUGGUGAAGCAGUGGUAUGUCCAAGGGGGACUAGACUCUAUCAUAUGGGCGAGUGAGGAGGUCAAGGCCUUGUUUCUUAGGCGUGAAGCGCCCGACAACUCGACCUCGGACCCCUCAACUACGGGACAACCCAAUACGACAAGUCAGUCAUCCAAGCCGCCCAUUGGUGCCAUUGUAGGAGCCUCCAUCGGUGGUGUUGCAGGUCUCGUCCUCGUUAUCUGCCCGGCAGUGUUCUUCCUGAAAAGAAAGAAACGACGACACCAGGCGUCACCGCAGCAGGAGUCAGGCGGCACACUUCCAGGAUCCCAGAAACCUGGCAGCGAGCACUUUGGAUCCCAGGGGCCGGCCAGGACCAAUGCGUUCAGCGAGGGACAUAAUACCGGCCACUUCAACUUCGUCGAGCUACCCGCAGAACAUAGCGCUGCGGAGCUUAGCUCAGCACAUGUCAAGAUCGCCGGAUAA